AUGCCCAACAUAGGAGGCCCAAAACAGAGAAAACGAGCAUUGCUGUCGUCGGUGAUCACAUCAGUGGUCACCUACGACAUUUUCAUCUGGGUGCCGUACUCAGUCUAUCGACUGAAUGCCCUGCGAGUCGCGAGCGCUUAUCGUACGGUGUCCGAAGACGUGAUGUACGUUAUACCCAGGAUGCUCUCGAUAGAAAUGUUGGUCGAAGAGCGAAGAUGCCGUCGCUUCGGCGAGAUGCGGCGUGUUUGGGAAUCUGACCUUGGAAGGGAGGUCUUGCCUGAAACCAUGGUGGAAGCUAUGCUGUCAUCGCAGGCAGCCUGGGACGCAACGAGUAACGCUGCGGCGGCAGUCAUCAAGAAACUCAGAAGAGAAGAACGCAAGCGCAAAGCUAUAGCAUAG